CGCAGACAGACCCACAUCAGGAGCAGCAACCAGUGUCUCUACCUGGAAUUAUCCUCCCAAAACGAGCAGCCCUCUGUUCCCCUACACACCUCCAUCUCGCUCUUCCUCCUGUCUUAUUGCGAGUGCACAUCAGAAGUCUUCCUCGUCUCUGCCAAGCCUGACACACAAAGCUCACCACCCUGGAAGUCACAGGUACCAAAGUCUUUAGCUGUCUCGAUGGUCCAUGUCAAGGACUUGCCUGUGUUGGUGAGGGGCUGCCGUCUCCCCGCCGUACUGGAUGAGACUGGGAGGUACUGCAGGGCCGGGCUGGCUGUGGUGCUCAGGCAUAUUAUAGACAGGACCUGUGAUGCAGACCCCAGAAGGAAGGAUGCAGCAUCACUGCUAGGGUUCAAGAAGACCUGUCUGAAGGCCUGCGCUGAGGUGAGCCAGUGGACCAGGCUGUGUGAGCUCAGUAUCCCCUCGGCUGUGGAGGCCCACCUCCGGCAGCCCACUAACCCAUCCCUGCACCUCCCCUCUGCCCUCCUCAACCUCCAAAAGACACUAGGCGAGCCCGUCAAGGUGCACAACGAUGACAAGAUCCGCCAGCAGAAGCUCCAGCAGCAGAAGAAGAACCAGAAGAAAAUCUCUCAGGACCUCCAGGAGGACCAAGGGACAGACAUAAACCAGCCCCAGGAUUCGCAGUCUGCGGACGGGCUAGAACUCCGAGCAGCCCUGGCCAAGCUGUAUGUGGAUAGUGGUGCAGUUCCGUCCACAACCAAUAGGGAGCGCUCUGACAUCAGGAAAGUGAAGACCACAGAGCUGGAGCAUGUGUUUGCUGAGGGUCUGUACUUCACUCUGACUGAUGUGGUGUUGCUGCCUUGUAUCCAUCAAUACCUGAGCUCUCUCCAGAGCCACAACGCCAGCACGCUGUCCCAGCUGCCUCUCUUGCUGCGCUGGUACCUCCAGGUCCAGGAAGUCCCCAGGGCGGCCCAGGCCUGUGGGAUGGCCCUCUCCACCCCCAAGGCCCUCACUACCCCCCCCAACCAUAGUCAAAGCACAACAGCCCAGCCAAGUGAAACAGGAAAGCCUUGACAACGAAGGAGGUGCACUUCGUUGGAGGCCCCAGGCCCAUGAUGACUAAAUGCAAAGUAAUUGAAUAUAUUUUAAUCUCUCUCCCACUCCCUCUAUCUCUUUCCCUCUCUCUCUCUCUAUCAACUCUCCCCUCAUGCCUUCCCACCAUCUCUUUUUGGGAGGAUUAGAUGAGGCACAUUGAAGGUUUCAGGAAAUCUGUCAGUGGUAAAAACUCGCAUGCUCUCUAGCAGCAGGCCUUUCUCUCUUGAAUGCCUCUAGGGCCUAGAGUCUAGGCACAUCGCGCGCGCAAACACACAGAACUUCCCCAAUAUAGUACUCCCUCUUCCUACUGACUGUGUCCCUGAGCUGCAACGAUAAAGGAUUUAUGCACUCCAAUUGGUUGUAAAAUUGUCCCGCUUUCUAUAAUUGAAGGCUUUCUCGCAGAUUAUUGCGGCCUUGCUGUUGCGUUCUGUUACUUUAAAGGCUGGUUUGCAGUUGGUCUAUCGAUAUGUUUGUGGACUGUUAUCGCUGUGACAAAAUAAACAUUAUAUUUUCGUCCAACAUCAAACUUGACUUUGUCGUUAGGAAAAAUUAUAAGCACAAAACGACAGCCAGGCAACUCAAAGGUACUUUCUAAACAAUGAUUUGGUUCGUUGCGAGCUUGUUGGCUAAAUAGCUAGCUGGCUAGCCAGUUAUAAAAAUGAACAGAGUAACGUUAUAGCUGACGACGUCGGAAUUUACGCGGGCUACUUUUUAUUCAUUGAGGAAAAUAAACCCAACACAACAUCGUCAUUACCUGCAUGGUAAAAUUGCUUAUGGUUGUGAGUGUGACGAAAUAAAAGUAGGUCAUUCUGUCUGUGAAUUUUAGAACUCCGGCAACGUCUUGUCACAUUUGGAUUUGUUGCUGUAGCAGCCCAGUAACCACGACAACGGACGUUGCGACAGUCGCAGAGACAUUAACUUUUUUCAUGUCUGUGCAACAAGGGAACCGACAGUCGCAGCGAUGCUCUACAGACAUUCCACAUGAGUAUAAAUUAAAUGUCGUUUUGACCAGCUACACUUGUCGCAUUCUAAUUGUUUACAGACAUGUCAUUAGACCAAGUGUAAACCGCAUUUUAAUAGUGAUUUGCUGUGUAAUUGUUUGACAGGUAAUCAAAUUGAAGUCGACAUUUUCGUCCCAUAGGCCACUUUUAUAUUUGCCACCACUUUACACUAUAGUGCACAUCUUUCACUUUCCCCUCAGACUUUGAUUUGAAUAAAAACACUGAAUCCAAUACAAAAAUAAUACAAUUUUACAGCCAGACUAUCCUGCUUGUAGUAAUUGCAAAAAAACACCACUGCUCAGAGUACACACCCGCUAGCAUAAUUACUCCACAUUCUCAAUAUAGCCUACAGCCACUCAGGGUGUAAUUACUAGCACGGUUAGCGCUGGACUCCAAAUGGCUGCCUGGAACACGUUAUGGAGUAGCGGUUUCAGUGGGACAUAAACCGACACAGCUGUCAAGGCAGGAAACUGCUUCCUCAGCUGGCUCAAACCUUCCUAACCCUGAACACCCUCACUGUUUUCUGGCACGGCUGGUCCCAAGUAUAAAUCUGAGAUUUCUUGCUGGCCACACAGAUAUGAUAUCCAACUAUGGCAGGAAGUGCAUCAGCCAAUCGUAAAUGUUGAUAACAAGUUGCCCUCUUAGAAUGUGAUAUUCAACCCUGGUCGAUUACGGAGUAGACACAGGUGCACACAGUUAGAACAUGCACUGACAUAGGAACAUACACACACAUACUGCCCACACACAUAUACUGCCGUCCCUCGCCUGCCCAGACGGAUUUCGGUGCUGGUUGGCUUUGUGUGUGCAUGUGUUUGUGUGGUCGUUACCGGCAGGACUGGAGUGCAGCUGUUGUACGGUCUGGGGCCUUGGUGGAGCCAAGGGGCCUGUGUGUGUAGAGGCCAGCCCAGGGCGUCACAGACAGAGAGAGAGAAAGACAGAAAGAGAGAGGGCUAGGCUCCAACAGUGUGACGUGCUGUCCCUCACUGCUGCUUACCAAAGCCAGCACUACAUCUUAUCUGUCCACCACACAAACAAUCUGAAUCACCUCCUACUGUGAAUCUGAGAAUAUAAUUGUAUACAGGGCUGCUUCACCUUGUCUUCCCAUUUCACUCACUCACUGACUGACUGACUCACUGACUGACUGACUGACUGUAGUGAGGGAGAAGAUUGACACACCCAGUGAUGUCUGUCAGUCAUAGAGCCUCUUUCCCCCAGCUCUCUGUGUGUGUGUGCCAGGCUUCCAAAGGCUUCUUGCCAGGUGCACUGAGAAAUACGAGUGACAGUUUCCAAAUGUAUCUCUGCAGUAUGUACCUACCGUCUCCUACGCUGUAGUCAACCAGCUUGGAACUGGUUCAAGAGGCCAUUUUAUUUUUGUUACCCAACAAUGACACAAAACAGGCAGCCUUUUCAAGGUCAUUUUUAUAGUUUGUGAUCUUCCCUCUGAAUGACUGCCUCAGGCAUACAGCAAAUGCCCUUAUUUUCAUACUUACUUAUUUCCAUGAAGUCCAUUAUUUUAAUGGAAAAAUAUAUGGAAACAAAUAACAAUAAAACAACUGCCAAGGAA